AUGGAGGCGCUGCCAGGUGAAGAAGUCUGGAGAUGUCUGGGAUGUGGGGACAGCAUUGCUGCUGGCCAGCGCCUCCACAAGACUGUCAAUGAAGCUUGGCACAUUUCCUGUUUCCGGUGCUCUGAAUGCCAGGAUCCCCUCACUAACUGGUACUAUGAGAAAGAUGGGAAGCUGUACUGUCACAAAGACUACUGGGGGAAGUUUGGGGAAUCUUGCCAUGGCUGCUCUCUGCUGAUGACUGGACCUGUGAUGGUGGCUGGGGAAUACAAGUAUCACCCAGAGUGCUUUGCUUGUAUGAGCUGCAAGGUGAUCAUCGAAGAUGGGGACACUUAUGCACUGGUGCAACAUUCCACUCUCUACUGUGGAAAAUGCCAUAACCAGAUUGUGCUGACACCGAUGAUAGAAAAACAUUCCACUGAGUCUCUGCGUGAGCAGCUGCCUUAUACACUGACCCUCAUCUCCAUGCCAGCAGCCACAGAUGGCAAGAGGGGAUUCUCUGUGUCUGUGGAAGGUGGCUGCUCCAGCUAUGCCACUGGUGUCCAGGUGAAAGAAGUUAACAGGAUGCACAUCAGCCCAGAUGUCCGAAACGCCAUCCACCCUGCAGAUCGUAUCCUGGAGAUCAAUGGAGCUCCUAUUCGUACCUUACAGGUAGAGGAGGUGGAGGAAUUGAUUCGCAAGACAAGCCAGACCCUUCAGCUGCUGAUAGAGCACGACCCUGUGUCGCAGCGCCUGGACAGGCUCCGCUUGGACUCCCGUCUGCCCAGCCACAUGAAGACACCCAUCUCCCCCCGCUCCCUGUCUCCACUGGACAUCAAGGAAAACCUGGAGGGAACGCUCCGACGGCGCUCCCUCAGGAGAAGUAAUAGCAUUUCUAAGUCUCCCGGCCCCAGCUCUCCAAAGGAACCGCUCCUUCUGAGCCGUGACAUCAGUCGUUCUGAAUCCCUGCGCUCCUCUUCCAGCUGCUCCCAGCAAAUCUUCCGGCCCUGUGAUCUCAUUCAUGGUGAAGUUCUAGGAAAAGGAUUUUUUGGACAAGCAAUCAAGGUGACUCACAAAGCAACAGGAAAGGUGAUGGUGAUGAAGGAGCUGAUUCGCUGUGAUGAGGAAACACAGAAGACUUUCUUGACAGAGGUGAAGGUAAUGCGCAGCCUGGACCACCCCAAUGUGCUGAAGUUCAUUGGUGUGCUGUACAAGGACAAGAAGCUGAAUCUCCUGACUGAGUACAUUGAGGGGGGCACACUGAAGGACUUCCUCCGCAAUGCAGACCCGUUCCCCUGGCAGCAGAAGGUCAGCUUUGCCAAAGGGAUUGCCUCUGGAAUGGCUUAUUUGCACUCCAUGUGCAUCAUUCACAGAGACCUGAAUUCACAUAAUUGCCUGAUCAAGCUGGAUAAGACCGUGGUGGUGGCUGACUUUGGUCUGUCUCGGCUGAUUGUGGAGGAAAGGAAGAAGCCCACUUUGGAGAAGCCGUCUGCCAAGAAACGAACGCUGCGCAAGAGUGACAGGAAAAAGCGCUACACGGUGGUGGGGAACCCGUACUGGAUGGCCCCAGAGAUGCUGAAUGGACAGAGCUACGAUGAGAUGGUGGACAUUUUUUCAUUUGGGAUUGUUCUCUGUGAGAUCAUAGGCCAGGUUUAUGCUGACCCAGACUGUCUCCCACGCACACUGGAUUUUGGCCUUAAUGUCAAGCUGUUCUGGGAGAAGUUUGUUCCUGCUGAUUGUCCUCCAGCCUUUUUCCCUCUGGCUGCUAUUUGCUGCAGAUUGGAACCAGAGAGCAGGCCCCCUUUUUCCAAGCUGGAAGAUUCCUUUGAAGCUCUCUCUCUGUACCUGGGAGAACUUGCCAUCCCCCUUCCAUCUGAACUGGAGGAGCUGGACCACAAUGUGAGUGUGCAGUAUGGACUGAACCGUGACAAGCUACCUGAAAACACUACCUAGUCUGCUCGUGCUGCUUCCUGCAUCACUUCCAUUGGAGCUGGGAUGAGCAUCAGGGAGGGAGAUGCACUUCAGCCACUUCCAGGGCAUUAACAGGGCACCAUGCUGUGCAUCUGCUGCACUGCCUCUUUCUCCCCACCCAGCUUCCCUCCUCUUGGAUAUCCUGAUUCACUGUGGAUUUCUGGCGUGUUUCAGAAGCAAAAAGGACUGUUACCUGCCAGCUGCACCUAGGAAAGCCUCUGAACACUAUUUUUCUGGCUUGAGAAAUAUUUCUCUGGCCUUUUCAGGCUUCUUUACUGUGGUGCCUUAGAACUUGGCUGCAAGCUGUGAAGCCACCCUGGCCUGUCUGCCAGGGAGGGAAUUGCUAUAGGAGAUUCUCCUGGGUAAGGACCAGCACUUCUGGAACAGCUUCUCCCACUGACUGCCCUGCCCAGAAAGCUGGGGAAAUCGGACAUCCAGCAAUGUGUCCCACCAGGACAGCACAUGUAUGUAUUUGCAUGUGUUUUCCAGAACAACCCACUGAGAUUUUGGCCUCUGACACACAUCAGAGGAAGCAGUAAAAAGCCCCAGGAACUGGGCAGCUCUCCUGAAAUACCUUGUCUCUGGGGAAACACAUAUGAAUUGUUUUGGUUUUGUGGGCUUUUAUUCCUUCUCUGUCUCUGAAUACCUCCAAAAGCCUGCCUAGAAACACUAAGACUGAGCUCUGCUUGCCCCUCCUGAUGGCAAAUGAGGCAGGUGGCAAAUGAGCCACUGGAGUAUUUUUUCAGCCCCUGCACCUGCAGUGAGUUUGCCUGCCCAAAACCUUAACCUAGGUGAAAGUAUUUGAACCUGAAUGUGUAGUUCUGCACUAGGCACGGGGUGUGGACAUUCCUGAGUGCUUCAGCUCUUGGCCUGUGGAUGUGAGGUGACAGAAAUGGUGGCAGAAGGUGCUUAUCAGAAAGCCCAAAACUUUGAAGUGGCUCAGACCUUAGGCAUGGACAAUGGCAAAAAGAGACUUGCCCAAGGUUAGUUAAAGGAUGGACUUGUCAUGAAUAGAAAAGUGCUGGAGAAUGUCCCAUCCUCCCUGGAGUGGCAGCUGGAGAACUAAUAAUUCAGUUGCCACUACCUCCUCCUUUCCUAUAGACUGUGCAAGUUGCUCCCUUUGAAGGUCCUUCUUGUAGCUGCUGCUGCAGCACCUGAGCUAAUUCUCCAA